AAACGCAAUUCAAAUAUUCUCACGCGCGCAAACCCAAUCCUUGUUCGUUCAUUGGUCCGUGUUUCACACCUCGCUAAUCGCGAUUGGACACUGUUUCUUGCAUCCGAUGAAUUCUUAGAGAUCGAAAAAUUGCACUCUGCGUAUCACCGUCUUCCUUCACGGAAUGUACAAAGAACCCUAGAUUUUUUAUUCGAUAUAUGAAUUUAGAACCUGAUUCCUUUGAAGAUCAACGAGGACAAUUUGAGGUUAUGGAUUUUAUGGACAUUGAUCAGGUAGUGGAGGUUCCGGAUACUCCAGAGAGACUCAUAGCAGCAUGUAAUAAUGACGAAAAUACCCCUGGAAACCACAGUGAUGGUUCAAGUAGUUGUCGUGUAAUAACUAAGCAAUCCAUCAAUGAAAACCCUAGAAAUGAGCCACGGGAAAAGGGCAAAUCCGUCAAUUUCCAUAGCAAUCGAAGAUUGUUUGUACGUCCUGAUAAUCAUAUUCAUAGCAAUUCUUCAGGUAUUAUGUUAGAAAAUUCAUCCACUUCCAAGAAUCUUUUGACUACAUUAGACAAUGCACAUCAUGAGAAAGGAAAAAGCUUGUAUAAUUCCAAUGUUCAAAGGUCUAAUUUUCAAGAAAACAGUAGUUUUGUUGAUUUAACAGAGCAAAAUGGUUGUGGACAUUCAUCUAGAAAAGAUAUAAACGGUUUUUCUGAAGUAGAUGCAUUAGAUACAUCAAGCAAAUCAUCUGGAUUAAACAACACUGACAAAUUUGGUCAAAGAUUUGACCAUGGAAAAGGAGUGAUUAGACAGAAAAAGCUUGUGAGAAAUGGAUACAUAUCUCCACAUAACUUAGCAAAGUCUAAAGAGGUAACAGAGAAGAAGCAUGACAAUGUUGAUAUCAUGGAUUUAACCACAGAAUCAAAAGCUUCACAUGGUUUUAAGGGAAAAGGAGUGUCUUUUCAUUCUUCUUUUUGUGAGGACACUAAUGCAAAAAACAGACAUUUGUCUCAAAGGACUUCUUUAAUCUCAAAAGAACAAAGUAACAAUUUAAGUCAAGAAGCAUCUAAAUCUUCCAAAGAUUCAAACGGAUGGAUAACUACACGCAACCCUUUGACCAAAGUCAACCUCCCAUUGCCAGAUGGCAAAGCUGCCUCAAGUUCCACCAUUAACCAAAGUAUUAAUACAGUGGGAUGUGAUGUGGAAGUGCCACGUGUCAAUGACUCAGGGGAACCUUUAACUUCAAGAUCAAAUAGGAAGAACAAGAAUAAGAACAAGAACAAGAACUCUCGUGGUGGUGGGAGCUUGGAUUUGGAUCCGGUUAUUGAAAUUGAUGAGGUGUCAACUGAUGAAAACCGUGGGCCCCGUUUAGAUAAUGAGGGUCCAGGUGUCAGGGCCUUACAGGUUGAAGCGGAUGAGAUGUUAGCUAGGGAAUUACAAGAGCAAUUGUAUAAUGAGGAGCUUGCAAUUGCUUCUGCAUUUGGAGCUCACGAGGCAACAGCAAUACAGCAGGAACAUAGUUCACAUGCCAUUCAUGCUGCUGGUCGUCCUGCAUAUCGUCCUGCUUCUAGAGGCGGCUCAUCUGUAUCCAACAUGUAUCAGAAUACACGAUCUAAUUCCUCCCGUAACCCUUCAGCUUCAAGUCAAAGGGGCGUCCAUGGUCAAAGUCAAAAUCAAAAUCAAAGUCAAACUUCCACCUCCACAAGAUUGACUCGAAUCAGAGGUCGUUUUCCUGGACGCCCUCGCACAUUAUCAUCUCCAGGGAAUUCAAUAUUCCCUCCAAAUAUGGAUUUGGACAUGAGAAUGCAAAUACUGGAAGCGCUGGAGGCCAUUAACGAUAUAGAUUUGCCGAUGCCGAAUGACUUGUUUCAAUCAGGACGCGAAUUCAAUGACUUGUUACACGUAGGACGCGAAUUCAACGAGAAUGAUUAUGAAAUGUUGUUGGCUCUUGAUGAUAACAAUCACCAACAUGGAGGUGCAACUCAUGCUCAAAUAAGUAAUUUACCACAAUCUACAGUUCAGGUAGAAAAUCUACAAGAAUGUGCUGUUUGUCUUGAGAAGCCUACUAUUGGUGAAACCAUACGACAUCUUCCUUGCCUUCAUGGAUUUCACAAAGACUGCAUAGAUGAAUGGUUGAGAAGGAAAACAUCAUGCCCUAUUUGCAAAUCAUCUGUCACUUGAUUUGCUAGUUUUUGAUAUAUGGGCUCGUGACAUAAUUAGAUUAAUGUACGAUACAAGUUAUACUUGAAACCAUAUUUUUUUUUUGGGUAUUAUCGGAAUCAAUUGUAUGAAUUUGUAUUCCAAUUGGGUCUGUAUUAGGCUGUUGUGAAUCUUUGAAUGCCAU